AUGACUGAACUAUUCACUCCUUACAAUUAUGUACAGAAGAAUUAUUAUCACCAUAAACAUCCUCUGAAGACGGCAAAAACAGGCUUAUCAAACACACCUUAUGGAAAAUUGCAAAAAGGAUAUCAAAAUAUGCUCUUUUCAAACGAACUAGACAACAAUGAUGAUGUUCUUCACCAUCUUCUAAAAAUAGAACAAUUGGAUCACCAAACCAAGAUCUUAAUUGAUCAGUUCAAGAUACUUGAGUCAUGCCCUCUUCGAGGAUCUUUAAAGAGACGUAUGAGCUUACAGACUGGAACGGAGAGCUUAUUGAUUGGAAAGCAAAAUCUAUUCUCUAGCAUACCUAGGGAAAUGCUGAUUCAAAAUAUAUUUGAAAUACAUAGGAAUGCUAGUAAAGGAUCUACCAUAUCAACAGGAGACAAAUUCGAGAAAUCUUUUAAAAGAAAUGACACUGUCCAUAAAUCAGCCCUUAGGAGGUUUAGGAGGUUCUACAGAAAGCUUUUCAAGACUCAGAAUGCUAGGAUUGUAAAGAAGAGAUAUGUAAACUGCAAAGUUAGACUGCUCUUCAAUAAAAUGUUGAAAACUUUGAAGACAAUUAUUCCUGAAGAAUGUAUCACAGACGAUGUGGUUUACCUUGCGAUGGGAAUUAUAGGCCUCAGAGAUCCAUCUGCACUUCCUUGCAGUCCUACAGUUCUUCGAGAGAUUAUAGAUAUCGUUGAUUGAGCAAGAAAAUUCUCAAAGAAGAAGUAUGAAGCAUGCCUUCGUUCUGAAAGUUUCAAAGUACUACUCCAAAAAUAUACCGAGAUUUCAACCAAUUCACAACAAAGAGCCUUGCUAUUGAACGAACCUCACUAAGACUUUCCUCUCAUAAAAUUUGAACCUAAAUACUUCAUCCACCAAUGUCCAAUUACCACUUAAAAUUCUCAUAAAAGACUUAAAAACUCACAAAUCAUCACUAACAAAUUUUAACCUCCUUCUCCUAAAUCUCCACCGAAAUCCAAAGCGGCCUUAAAACCCACAAUCCUUUUAGCCCUCUUUAAAAUUUAACUUGCUUAUCUUCUACUUACUGCCCUGCUUGCUUAAACUCUUCCAUCCUGAAGGAUGGAAGAGUUCGUUUUUAUGCUGGGGUAGGGGAGGUGAGUGAAAUGAAGGAGUUUUGUGGAGUAAAUAUGGAAAAUUAGAGUGGUAUUGAUUUAGAACAAAGAUUCACUGAUAGUCUGCUGGUCAUUUAUAACCUACUUAAUAGGUAGGAGGCUUCAAUGAGACUACAUUUAGUCUCCAAUUUGCUCCUGAUUAAGUUUCUAGUAAAAUAUUUUCAGCAAUUACAUAAAAGGAGGGCUAUAUCUCUAACUUGAGAGAUCUAGAUGACAAAUCAUAGAACGUGAACAUAAUUUUUGACUUUAUUAAAUGCUCUUAAAGACUAUCACCAGAGCAAGAGCAAUAAAAUGAGUAAAUACCCAUUCUCUUCCUAAAUCCCCAAUACGACCAAGAAGGCGGCCCAUCAUGCAACUCAUAAAUAAAUUUCAGAGAUGAAAAUGGCAGUGCAUGAAAUGGUGUCUUCAAUUCUGUUCACAUUCAAAGCUACAACUGAUUCAGCCAGGAACAGUUUCAGUGCACAGGGACUAAGUGGGCUGAAGGAAUUUGAAAACUAAAUAAAGGAGCACCAGGAGAAAGCCAGACAACUUAUUUAGGCUUGAAGGACUUUUAGGGGUGGAAAUUGGGAGUUUUGGAGAUGUAGCCUAUGGUUAUUAAAAAUGGAGGUGACAGAUUUUUGGGGUUUAGUGCUUUGUGAGAAUUGGAGAGAGUGGGGUGGUAAGUUAAUUGAUUUUGAUUUGGCUGUUUUCAUUGGGUUUUGGGGGAUUAUUAUUAGACACAGUCUUAAUUCAUGCAAACUCUUGGAAGUUUGAUGAAAAUUUCUUAAAUAUUAUUUUAUCAAAACAUCAUUUACACAAUUUGGCGACUUUCAUGUCAACUUGUUAUUUGUAAUUUCUUAAUGCUGCCAGGUUAGAGGAGUAAGAAAAUAGUAUCUAAGUGUUACUAAAACCUCAGAGAACUCUUAGCUUUGUACCUUGAUAGGCUCAUUUUCUUAUAAAAGUUGAUAUGAUAAUCGAACCCUUCAAAGGUUUUAUUAAAAUUUAUUCAAAUUUCCCUAAAUAUUUCUUAAAAAGUAGUCCUAAUGGAAUUUUCGAUAACAUUUUAUUCUUACUACUAUCAUAAAGUUAACAUUUUCAUAAAAUAAGACUUGCGUGUGCUCUUUUGAAUGUAAAAUAUGCAUGGUAAAAUGAACUGGUAGUGCUUAGAGUUGCAAGAUCAUCUUUUUCUAAUUUGGUCUAGGCUUUAUUAGAAACUACAGAGUAUGUCAAAAUUGUUAAAGCUAAGGCUUCCGGUAAGCUUAGUUUUAUAUAAACAUGCUUUUUUGAUAAUUUAAAACUUUCUUUCCUCCUCCCCCAUUUCACAUUUUAUUGUAAAAUUAUUAAUUUUUGAUCUUAUAAACUAUCUAAAAAACUUCUUCAAACCACUUAUACUAAUUAUUCACUUCCUCUCUCACCUAAUAACCGUACAUAUCCCUAUCCCAACUAUUUUCCAUGCCAAUCUCACUUCCCAUAAACUUCCCCAUCCAAAACACCCUCUUUCCCUCCUAACUCCUUUCCAGACCCACCCUUCCC